CCAAACAAGAUGAAGAUCCCCUCUCUGCUGCUGAGAUUUCCUUAUUGUUAUUUCUCCAGAAGAAUUUACUUCUUGAACUUUCGCUUUGCUUCCCGAGCAGAUUUCCUGGGCGUUGAAUCUCUUGUGCCAGCGCGCCGCUGUCAUACAAAAUGGAUUUGUUCAUCAAAUGGUUUGAGGAGAGAGCUGUGCCAGCAGGCUGCCCCUGAGCAGCAAGUAGAGAGACUUUCUGACUGGGAGCAGAGACUUGUAGACAGACUUUACCAUGGGUUAAUCCAGGGCCACAGAGCCUGUUUAGCUGAAGCUAUUACACUUAUAGAAUCAACUCAGAGUAGGAAGAAGAAAGUAGCCCAGGUGCUCCUUCAGAAGGUAUUAUCCUACCACAGGGAACAAGAAAAGUUAAAUCAAGGAAAGCCACUUGCCUUUAGAGUGGGGUUGUCUGGUCCUCCUGGUGCUGGGAAAUCGACCUUCAUAGAAUGCUUUGGGAAAAUGCUUACAGAAAGAAAACACAAAGUGGCUGUGUUGGCUGUAGACCCUUCCUCUAGUACAAGUGGUGGUUCCCUACUGGGUGAUAAAACACGGAUGACUGAGUUGUCAAAAGACAUGAAUGCAUACAUCAGGCCAUCUCCAACCAGUGGGACACUGGGAGGUGUCACAAGGACCACAAAUGAAGCCAUUCUGCUCUGUGAAGGAGGAGGCUACAAUGUUGUUCUUGUGGAAACAGUAGGUGUGGGCCAGUCAGAAUUUGCUGUGGCUGAUAUGGUUGAUAUGUUUAUAUUACUGCUACCACCUGCGGGUGGAGAUGAAUUACAGGGCAUCAAACGGGGCAUCAUUGAGAUGGCAGAUCUGGUUGCUGUCACUAAGGCUGAUGGUGAUUUAGUUGUGCCUGCCCGGAGAAUCCAGGCUGAGUACGUCAGUGCUAUGAAGCUGCUUCGAAAGCGUUCAAAGGUUUGGAGGCCAAAGGUAAUGCGCAUCUCUGCCAAAACCGGGGAGGGGAUCUCGGAUAUGUGGGAUAAAAUGACCGAGUUCCGUGACCUCAUGCUCACAAGUGGCGAGCUGGUUGCCAAACGACGGAAGCAGCAGAAAGUGUGGAUGUGGAACCUCAUCCAGGAAAACAUGCUGGAGCAUUUCCGGAGUCACUUGGCAGUCAAGGAUAAGAUCCCACUUCUGGAAGAACAAGUUCUUAGAGGAGUCUUGUCUCCUGGGCUGGCAGCAGACCUGCUUCUGAAGGCAUUCAAAGAUGGUCUCUAA